AUGAAGAAACUCAGGAUAAAGCAGGAAAAUGGUGAUGAAGACUCUGAAGAUGAAUUAAUUUGUCCAAAGAAGGAAAACACGGAUGAAUCAGAUGAUGAAGACCCACAAGUGAAGAAAUCAAGUUUCAAGAAAAAGAAGUCAUUUCCUAAGAAGAAACACAACUACAAGAAGAAGAGUUUGAUUACACACAAGGAUAACACUACCACAGAUGAGUCAUCUGAAGAUGAGGAGUCUGAUGAUGAAAACUAUGAGACUUUGUUCAUGGCUACCUCCACCAAUGAUAUUGAAGAAGGAGAAAAAUCAGAUAAGGAAGAAGAGCAAUUAGAAGAUGAAUAUGAUCUUCAAGCAGAACUAUACACUGCCUUGAAGAAACUCAAGGUAGAAAGAAAGAAGAUAAAAAUUCUUGAGACUCAACUUGCAAAAGAAAGUGAGAAGAUCAGUCGGUUGUCACUUAUCAUAGAAAAAACCAAGAAAAUCAAUGAAGAUAUAAGCUUUAUCUUAUCCUCAAAGAUUGACGAAUACACUCAAUUUGAAGAAGAAAUUAUCACUUUGAGAGCUGAAUGCAAAGAAGUAAGUGUACAAACACUUGAGGAAGAUCAUCAUGAAGUUCAUGAGAGUAUUGUCUUGGAUGAGAUACUUAGUGUCCAAAGACCCAGUAAUGACAAAUCUGGUCUUGGGUAUGAGAAAGGAGGAGUUUCUAGUGGUGUGAAAACCAAAGGACAAGGCAUGGCACAAAAUCCAGUUCGAUUUAUUGGGGAGAAAAGAAAGAAAAAUGGCUCUAAUUCUGAAAAUUCAGAUACAAGGAAAGUUGAUAAGGAUGGAUUCACUGCAAUCAAUCAUCAUAGGUCAAAUGGCUACAACAGAAACUCAUGGCAGAUUCAGAGGUUCAAUGAGUAUUGCUAUGGUUGCAACAUGUUUGGGCACCGUGUGGCAGAGUGUAGAAGGAAUGAAAAACCCAUAAAUUUUUUAAGCAAGAAUAAAUUUGCAGCUCUUGCAGAUGAUAGCAUUGAGUGCUAUAGGUGUAGAAAGAUUGGCCAUCUAGCAAGGAACUGCAAGACAUUACUUCCAUCUCAAAGACAAGCCAUGAGAAGUCAAAAGCAAACCCUCCCAAAUAGGCAACAUUAG